AUGGUGUGUGUGAAUGUCCUGGCUGAUGCUCUCACUAGCAUCUACGAUCCUGAGAAGAGAGGCAAACACCAGAUCCUCAUCAGGCCCUGUGCCAAAGUCAUCGUUCAGCUCCUAACUGUGGCGAUGAAGCACGGCUACCUCGGUGAAUUUGAAAUCACAGAUGACCACAGAGCUAGGGAAGUCGUUGUGAGCCUCACAGGCAGGUUGAAUAAAUGUGGAGUGAUAGGCUCUAUAGCUGAUGUGCAGCUCAAAGACCUAGGAAAAUGGCGGAGCGAUCUGCCCCCAUCCGGUCAGUUUCCCUUUUUGUACUGA